AAAACGUAUGAAUCUCUGGGGCAAAGGGAUACAUUUUUAAAGUUAUACAUUAUAAAAUUGAUAAACAAACGUGUUCAAUAUAAUACAUUUUUAAUAAUUUUAUCAAUUAGUGGUCUGUUUAAGAUGGUUCUAUUCGAAAGAGUAUUAAAUAAGAACUUUGCUGCUAAAACAUGGUAUAAAAUUACACACUCUUUUUAUGUUGAGUUGGUAUUUCUUAUAGCUCACCAAUUAACUAAAAAGGGUGGAUUUUAGUCAAUAAGAUGGACAUAUUUGACAAUUUGUUUUUAAAUGCUUCAGAGUUUAUUAAAGAUCGCUUAUAUUUCGUUACAUUGAAUACACUAUUGGAACCUAAAUCGACACAGAGAGUACAUUAUUUUAGUAUACAUAAAGAAUUAAAAUAUGAUAGUUUCUACAGGGAUUUUGGACCACUCAACUUGGCUAUGCUCUAUCAUUAUUGUGUGAAAUUGAAAAGGAAAUUAAAUAAUGUGUCAUUCCAAAAUAAGAAAAUUGUACAUUACACAAGAGAUUUCACUGAUGCAGAUAGAGAAAAAACUGUCAACGCAGCAUUUUUAAUUGGAGCAUAUUCUAUAAUUUACUUAAAUUACUACCCAGAACAAGCAUAUGAAGUAUUAAAUCAGCACUCUACAAGAGAAUAUUUAAAAUUUAGAGAUGCUUCUAUAGGCGAACCAUAUACAUUAAGCCUGUUAGAUUGUUUGAAGGCUGUUAAAAAAGCUUUGGAUCAUGGUUUCUUCAACUUUGAUAGCUUUGAUUUUUUGGAGUAUGAGCACUAUGAAAAAGUUGAAAAUGGGGAUUUUAAUUGGAUAGUUCCUAAAAAAUUCAUAGCAUUUUGUGGACCUCAGGAUAGAACUAGUUACAGUAUAGGUGAUCACAAACCCGAGACAUAUUUUACUUAUUUCAGAAGACAUAAAGUGUCUACAAUUGUGAGAUUGAACAAGAAAGCUUAUGAUUCAAACUCUUUUAUUCAAGCUGGAUUUGACCACAAAGAUUUGUAUUUUGUUGAUGGAGGUACUCCAAGUGAUAGGAUAUUACAACUUUUUAUUGGUAUUUGUGAAAAUGCCAAAGGUGCUGUGGCAGUACAUUGUAAAGCUGGAUUAGGACGCACAGGUUCAUUAAUAGCGUGUUAUAUCAUGAAGCAUUAUAAGUUUACAGCAGAAGAAGCUAUUGCAUGGAUUAGAAUAUGUCGUCCCGGUUCCAUUAUAGGUCACCAACAAAGUUGGCUUCAGGAGAAACAAAAGCCAAUGUGGGAUGCUGGUGAAGCAUAUAGAAAAAAACAUGGUGUCUCUCUACCAAUCAAACAUACAACAGGGAUAUAUAGUCUAUCUGACAGUAAAAAAGGAAAAAAUAAUGAUAAUGUUACAAGGAUUGUUAAAAAAGUUGAUAAUAUGGAAAUCCAUGAUUCAGAGGAAGAAUGUGAAGAGAAUAGGGUUAGUCAAGGAGACAAACUGAAUAAAAUUAAAGUACAGAGAUCUAGAAUAAAGCCUCUCGUCAGCACUCAGACUGUUCGAAGAAUUAAUGUGUCCUCAAUCUCCCCGACAACUCAAACUGUCUUAAGAACUGGCAAAGUCAUAAGCAAUUCACUCACCAAAACAGCAGGAUCAGCAAAUAAUCGUAUAGUGCCUAAAAGAGCUGAUAGCCAACCCGUGAAACGAACUACAGCAAGGAGACUAAUUUCACCAAUUUCUACGACCGCUACAGAAUCAUUGAAGGCUGGUGAAAAACGUCAGGCUCCUAAGAAGCGACUCGCCCACCAGAAUGGCGUUCCAUUAAAAAGCGUCACCCCCGAAGACUUGAAGAGCCAAAUUAAACGAGGUAAGAGAACAUUAGUAGCUGAAAAAGACAACCAGAAGACCAGGAGAUCACUUAAGGUCCUGCGGAGGACGCAUUUGGUAGGAUUAAACUUUAAAGAUGGUGAGAAAUCAGAUAUUAAGCUACGUUUGCCAUCAGUCAAGGCAAACAAAACAUUGUAAUAUGUGUUUAAAAGAUAGUUCAAAGCUCAUUUUCUAUAUAUUUAGUUUUUUAAACCAUACUCCAAUGUGCGUGUUGUGUGAAAAUCUUCUAACUGGAAGAUUUGUUAUUAAUGUGGAUUUCUUGUUUUUGCAAGAAUUUUUAAAGUGUAUGCUUCAGUAAAUUUGAACUUUAUACUUAAAUAACAGCUCAUAGUUUAUUUGUUUGUAACACUGAAUUUUUCAAACCGGGAAAAAAUAAUUUUUUGAUAUAGAUUUUUUGGCCAUAUUUCGAACAGACUUUUUUGGUUGGAUAAUAAUAUCCAACCAUAUUUUGUUAUAUCCGAUCCUAUGGUUUCUAUACCGUCCAUCAUUUGACUGAGGAUCACUGUCGUCAAUGCUCUCACUGGUAGAGUCUACGACAACAUUGGGAGGCAGAUUGGCAUAAGAUUUUAUUCAUAGAUUUUGCUGUUAAAAGUCAUGUGCACACAUACUUUAAUUCGAGCCAUGACAACUGGAUGUUUUGUUGAUGGUGUCUCACACAACAAUGCAUGUCCACAUAUUGCACGCGAACUAUGGAGUUUCUCAAGCAAGCUGCCGUUAAAAUUUCGCAGUGGUCGUCACGUUAUUCAUUUUUAUGAGUACAUGUGAAUAAGAUUUCUUGCAAAUGUUAUCAAUUCCUUUUUGAGGUAAUAUUAUUACAUUACUAAAAUAUCAAGGUUGAUCAAUUAUGCCUUUUGCUGUAACAAUUCUAUGUUUAGUUUAAACAAAAUUUAACAGAAAAUUAUGGAAACCAAGUAAAGGGUUCUACAUAAAUUAUGUUGUAGAACAGUAUCAUUUUGAGUAACUCAUUCUUGUGCUUUCAGCUUUUGAUGAGAAAAAAUUAAUUAUAUCACUCAUAUGAAUUUUUUUAAUGAAAUUUUGUGAAGUUUGAACUUAUUUCCUCCCACAUAAUUGUUGUCUAGGAAAGAUUCUUUAAGAAAAUUAAUUCAUUCAUAUUUGUUUCAACUAGUCUCAUUCGGCUCAUGUGCUUAAUUAAAUUUGCCUAAUCCUGAUAAUUGCAAUUUAUGAGAAAUCUUAAUUCCUUUGAUUAUUUUAGUAAAAUAAUUGAAUCAAUUCAUUUUAAAGAAUGAUCUGUACUACACUACAAAUGUGCUACAAAUGCGUCGUCAUUUUGUAUUUGCUCAACUUAUUCUGGACAAGAAUAUUUUUAUUGUUGACGAUCUUGGUCAAUUACGUUGAAGAAUUGAGAAUGAAUGAGUUAAACAAUAACUUUUUAUUUUUUUACUUGACGUUUUUAUAUUUUGAUAUGUUUAAGCUAUGUGAUAAUAAUUAGAUACUUCCCAUUACACUGCAGAAAAAAUAAAUGAAUAAAAUAUUAUAAGAGCUGUUGAUUAAAUAAUAGUUUAUUGCAGUAUCCACUUAUACUUUAAUAUAUUUAUCAAAUAUACACAUUUUAAAUUUUAAUUUGUUGUUUAUAUUUGUACAAAAAAUAGUUUUGUUAUAUGUAAUUUAUUGUAUACCAUAGCAUUUCAGAUAGUUUCUUACUAUUUUGUUCACAAUAUAAGGACAAACACAAAAUUCGGUUUUUGUUUGUUUAAAUUGAGUGAAUAUAAUUGAAUGCUUUUUAUGACGUCAGAGAAAAAAUAUAAAAAUUGUAUUUUCCUUUGAAUUUUAUUAUAUAUUUUAAUACAAAACUGAGAUAUUAUUUGAAUAAUAGUUUAUUGUAGCAUUCGCUAUAUUUUAUUGAAUUAUAAUAAUUAUUAGCUAUAUACAUUUUAAAUUGCAAUCCACAAUUUAUUGUUAAUAUUUGUACAGAAAUUAUUUUUAUUGUCAUAAUUUAUUGUAUACCUUAUUGGCGAGAUUUUACAUGCAUUUUUUACUAUAAUAAAAUUAAUUCUUUCAGAUUCCAGUUUUCCUUGGAUAAUUUCUUUGGCCAAAUAAGUUAUACUUAUCCAAUUUAAAAUUUAAGUUGUACAUUCAUGGUAAUUCGUUUACUCAUUAUUCAAAGACAUGGUGUAUCAAAAAAUUCAGUUUAUAGGAUUGCUGUAAAAUAACCAUUUAUUUUCAAAAACCGAUUUAUUCAAAAGUAUUAAACAAUAUUGAUGUGUAUUUAAAUGUUGUCCUUAAUUUAUCUCCAAAUGGAGAAGUCACUCGGCUGUAAAUCUGACGACCGGAGAGGUCAUUAUUAUCAACAUGGCCAAUAUAGUGAUGCAAAGUUAAUAAUUCGGAUGAAACAGUACUAUCUUUUGAAAGAACGUGUAGAGUGUAUAAUAGGUUUCGGGAGUUGGAGGUGGAAAAAUCAAAACCAGCCUGGUCUCCUAAUACACACUUUAAUAUUCUAUCAUUGUUCUGACAACAUUCUGUAUUGUUGGACGCCCUACCUUCAACUAUUUAAAAACAGUCUAUCCAUUUUUACCCGCGAGGCGGUAACUAAAUUUUUUAAUAUUACCUUAAAAAAAGAUACUCUAGAUUCGUUUCUUAUUUAUUACUUAUUCUUACUUUCCAUUUAUAAUUAUAUGUUGAUAAUUUAUAAUUUACUAGUUAUUAACAUAUAUGAUACUUACCAUUUCGAACGUUUCGCAUAUUCUGGGACGUAGAACCAAUUUUCUCGCUUCCUCUGCACUAGUUUAAUAUAGAAUUAACCUCCAAAUUUAAAAAAUCACUAGAAUCGUCCAUAAUCUUCUCUCUUCACUUUCUCAGGUGCUACUUAAUCUUCUAAGUUAACUUAAACUGAACUGGUGCUGCUGUCCGUUCAUAUUUUGAUCUAUUUGUCAAUCAUAUUUGUAUGUAUAUUUUCAAAUAAAUCAAAUUUUUAAAAUGAAUGGUUUCUGUAAACAGUUUGGCAUCAUAUGCUUAAACUGUGACUACAUAUAUUUUAACUAAAAUAAAUAAGCACUUAUUUAAAAUAAUAUGUGCAAUAUUGAUAUCUGUGAUUCACAUAUAGACAUUAUUUAUUUGUGACCACUUAAUUAAUGAACAAAGAACAAUUUCAUGUUAUAGAAGUACCCUAAGGCGUAUGUUACAAACUAAAGUAACAAAGACAUGAAAUGCUUUUAAACUGGAAAUUGUAAUUAGAUUCUAAUUUAGUUAGGCGCUCAGCAAUUUAGUUAUGAAACACAAUUCAUGGGUUGGAGUAAGCAUUUGUUUACUAAGUGUGUCAUCCCACGCAGCUUUCCAGGACAUCCUCUCAAACACCCUUGAGAGGGGCGCAGCUGACAAUAUGUGGAAUGUAAUUUCCUCUUCACCUUAACAUCUUAGAUAUUGAGUAUCUUUCAUUAUGCACAUCGUCUUAAGAUGUUUUGUCAUAUACCAGUGGCCAGUAAUUAACUCGGUGAUUUCUUUCGAACAUCUAGACAAGCUCCUGAUACCUUGGACGGCCUCUGAAGAUGGUUUUGGCGUGUCGCAUGUCACUGGUUUCUAAUCACUGGAAGCUGUCUCCAGCCCUUCUAUUCAAUUGAUUUUUUCUCACUAUUUCAUAACCCUAAAUCCAGAUUGUCCACGGUCCCUCACAACCUCAACAGUUAUUCGUCGACAGCAUUGUUUUAAUUUUUUAAUGUUAUUGAAUUGACAAUAUGUGUUUUAUUGAAAACUUUUAUUCUGUUCAGAUCUUUUUACAACUAAAACCUACUAUAAAAUGAAAAUGGUAUCUUUAACUGUUGGCGAUUCUCUUCUUUUCGAUGUUACCAGAAUGUGUGUGUUUUCUGUUGAUCAGUAAAAUUUCCUAUCAUCCGCCUUGAAACGACUGUGUUUCAACAAGCAACACUGGUAAAAUACAAAUUUUGUGAAUCGACCGUUCCUAUUCGGUGUUCGAGGUUCUCACAGAAACAACACUAAUUUGCUCAUCUUUGCCAGGAAAAACCUCACUGAUACGGCCAGUCCUCCAUGAAGUGGAGUUAGUUCAUCCUCCUUGCACUGUCCAAUGAUUUGGUGUUUUGUUUUCAUUAGCUUCAUUUCUGUAUGUGUGAAAUGUAUUCUACUGACCACCUGGAACAGAAAUGUUGCCAUAGUUGAGUUAUUUUUUCAUACUUAAUUGAACGAUUUGAUGUUUUUUGUCGCUCGUUAGGUGCUGGGAAUGCUGUCAAUGGAGCGAAUUAGCCAGGAAGUGGCCUGGGGUAAGCGGUUGAUACUCUGGCGGCGGAUCUGAGGAAAGGGAUGUUAGAGGACGUGAGAUUCAGGCCGGCUUCUAUUUGUGUAGUAAGUUUCAUGAAAUGUUUGAAAUUGGACACUUGAUUACUUUCUCAAGAAGCGGUUUGAAACAUUUUACGGUUGCCUACCAUUGAUUUUCAUGACUCCAUGAUAUGGUAGGUAGCACACUUGUGUUGGUCCGUUAUCAUCUUGAGUGACGGGUGACAUGUGUCCGAAUUUGUAAUACUCAUCCACAAAAUUUUGGUAAAACUGUUUCAUUGUUGGAUUUUUUCUAGUUUUCUUUCCAUUCGAUAAAAAUGCUGUCGAACGAUUCACCAAGGACAAAACAAAUCUUCCCAUUUUUUAAAAAUUCUCUUUCGCACUUUUCUCCUUUACUAAAACUUUCAUGAUUGUUUAUUUAACAAAAUUGUUUCAGUUGAUCUGGAAUUUAAAUAGUUGAUAAAUUGCAGUUUGUCUAUUUCUUGAACUGUUUCCCAUUAACCCAUGAUGUUUCUCUAGUAACAAUCCAUCCUAAUUUUCUCUUCUGUAUGAUGAGGAAACGAUUAUUUUGUUAGAUUUCAGUGUCGCUCAGUACUUUGUAAAAUAAUUAUGCACUGAGAAGUAUAUCUAUUUUUCCCAGUAUGUUCGUGAAAUGAUUUUUCUUUCAAAGGACUAAUUGAGUUGUUCAAUUUCAUACAGUUUAUUAAUGAAAGAUAUUACAAUGGGGUCUGACACUUGCUUGUUCACUUGUUGCUUUACUCUAUAUACUCUGCAUCGCCCAUAAAACUAAACUAACCCUUGCGCAUGAAUUCAUAACAGCGCCAAUACACAGUAAGGCGCUAACAUAGCCGCCCGCGUUGAAAAGUGCCUUUUCAAAACAAUUUACAAUGAUCAAAUUUAACAUAAUUUUUAAGUAACAAAACAAAAAAUUUGAAUAUUCACUCUAUAGUAACCAUAACACAGAUUAUUGCUAUGAACCUCUUGAUUAUUAUUCCAGAGGAUGUUUUCACCAAUACUACUCUAACGAUACUAUCUAGUCCUGGGUAAAGUUCUGUUACACGAGCCAGAGGCCAAUGUGAAGGUGCUGUAUUAUCAUCCUUCAAUAUAACCAACGAAUCUAUCUUAACAAUGUUAGUAACAUCAUUUUUCCAUUUAUUUCGAGAUUGUUGCUAUGCUAGGUAAUAUCUUGACCAGCGUCUCCAAAACUGUUGCAAAAGCUGCUCUAGUCUAUUGUAUCUAGAUAAUGUACUUUCGUUACAAUUAGUCAAAUUUCUCUUGUGGCAUAGCCUUUAAUGAAUCACCAAUUAAGAAAUAUGAUGGUGUCAAAGGUAAUACGUCGUUAAGAUUGUUUGAAAGAGGUGUGAAUGCCGGGAGUGAUACAUGCUUCAAUCUGUGUUAAAACAGUGUGAGAUUAUUCAUAAGAAUCUGAACUCUACGUAUUUGUUAAGUUUACAGCAAAUUCCCAUAAUCCCCACCAUGUCUGGGGUAUUCGGUAGAUUAAAAUGUCAAUAAAUUUUUUCCUGAGCUAAAAAUUCUGUAACGUUAUCAUUAUGUUUCAAAUCAGAAAAUAUAAUUCAACGAAAUAAUUAUUCGCCUUCAAAAUUCGUAUCAUCAAAAUGAACCUUUUGAGAGCGUUGAGAAAACUAUUUGUAGACAGAUCUUUAUCUAGUUCUGUGUGAACGGCAUUAACCGCGAAACAAACAAAUAUGAAAAUAUAGGUUAGGUUUCGACUAUAUUCGAAUCACGUAACGUAUUUGCCUUAAUUAAAAUAGGACCUGCAUUAUCUACUCCGCAUUGCGCGAAAGCUCGUUCUGGUUGACUCACUCGUGAUCUAGCUAAAUUCCCAGUCAAGAAAAUUUUUAGUCUUCGGAUUUAGCUCGAAACAACAUAUGCAAUUCUUAAUAACCGUCUUAACUGCAUUUUUUCCGUUGAUAAGACAAUAUUUGUCUUAUCAAAUCCUGUGCUUAUCUGGAAAUAUGAUGAGAUGUUUUUGUGCAUAGCUUAGGACUGAAUUAGUCUUCCACCAACUCUUAGAUUGGAUCAAAAACAGUUUACACAGAAUUUCAACCUCUUAAUUUCAAUACCGACAGAAAAUAAAUGGGCAUCGUUAUAAUAAGUACAUUUUCCUCUUUUAUUUGUUUGAUUAAGGAAUGAAUGAUUCUUUAAUUUGUGAUUUAUUAAAACUUACUGAAUUAUUUUCUUUCGUUAUAUAUAAAAUUUCUAAACGUAGCUCAUCUCUAUGCAGGAAAUUUUAGAACAUGAUCAACAGUCGGUAAUACUUUUUUAUGCAUAUUCUCUCUGACUCCUAUUGACGUUUUGGAUUACUGCCUACUAACUUGGAUUAUAGAAAUAUAUCAAAAUUGAACUCCACUUAUUUUUAUAUGUGUAAAAUUUUGUUGGCUUCAAAAUUGAUUUUCUUAAUUGAGAAAAUGGUGAUUAAUAUAAAGCGCGAAUAUGAUUGUGUACUUUUAGUUUGUCAUUUUGAAAUCGUUCCUUCAAAAUCUUCCAGGCUGUGAUAUAAUUGUCAUUAUUGACCUCCCAAGAUCAAAUCAUUGCCUCAGCUUCAUCUUUUAAACAUGAUUUCAGGUAAUGAAAGUUUUGAACUUUGUUUGAAUUUUUAUCACUAUUAAUUAAUGUUUCCAAUUUAUCAUAAAACUGUAAAUACUUUCUGGUUCGCCUAUAAAUACAGGCAGAAAAAUGACCUGCAAGUUAAUUUUGCUUCGGUGUCUUAUUUGCAAUUUCAGAGUGUAAAAUACUAAUUUUGUGUGAAUGCUCCUCACCGAUUAUUUCUGCAUAUGAAUAAAUUUCAAGAUAAUUCUCUUGAAAUGUUCCAUGUAAAUAUAAUUUUUUUCUAAAAUAUUAAUAGAUUUAAUAUACAAUUCAUUAAAACCAUCCAGUAUAGAUUCAAUUGUUUUUAAUUCCCUUGAGAGUUGAAGAAAUGUUUUAAAUCUGCUUAAUUGAGAUUUACUGUUUUUUAAUAUUUGUAUAGUAUCUCCAGAAUUCAUAUUGUUCUUUUUUGUGUGUUAAACAUUGUAAAAUUCGGAUAUUGAUUGAAGAUGAUAUUUUUGUAUAAAAAGAAGCUACUUAAAAUGAUAAUGUGUAUUUUCUUGUAAAUUAUUUUGUAAAUUUGAUGUAAUUAUUUCAUUCUGCUCAAAUGCUACAACUAAACCCUACUAUAAAAUGAAAAUGGUGAAAAAUACUAGACUUGUUUUCGGUGUUUGAAUGGCGAUUCCCUUAUUCUCCAUCCUGCCAGAAUGGAUGUAUUUUCUGUUGAUAGUACAAUUUCAUAAUAAGUUUCUUAGCCGCUCAUUACAGCUUAGCACCAAGAGGUGAUAACCAAUAUUCUGAAUGACUCAGGAGCUUGUCCGUUGUCACAGUAGAUAUAUAUGUGUUUGUCCCUUUGCUUUUGGGUGAUUGUGAAUCCAGAACAGGCCUAAAAUGCGAUAAUCUCUGCUUGAAAGAUUGUGGCUGGGAAUCCAAGCCUUCAAGUCUUCUCCGUUCUCGGGCCUUCGCUCCCAAUUGUGUCUUGGACCCAUCUGUAUACCACACGGGCUCUUUUAGGUUAAGCAAUCAGGGGUGUCAUCUCCUCAGUUCCGCCUAUCAGAAUAGAGGAAUUUAAAUUUGGUUCUGAGUUGUAGCAGUUUGGAAGACUGUAGCACCCUAAUAUUAGAACCUCUUCAAGGCCCUGUCCUAGUGCCUGUACUCCGCUGCUCUCCAGAAUGUUUUUCAUUGCGGCCUAAUUACAGAUUUGGGUAGUUUUAAUUGCUGUCAUAAUGUCGAGCAACGUUAGUCGAUAUACCUUAUCAGGGGCUUAGAUGAUAAUUUGUGGACCCAAGAUAAAGCCGUACAUAUCCAUCUCACCACAGCGAGUUUCAGGCCCCACUUUUUGCCAACUAGUAUUCUGCGGUCCAAAAAUGCAAGCAUUUCACUAGAAGAAAUAUAUUCUGUUUUAAAAAUCGAGGGAGCUGUAAUAGAAAAUUACCCCUUUUUGUAAUUAGUGCCGUCUCAAUUAUAAUGGGGUUAACCCUCGAGAAUCUGGACGUGCACCAUUCCUUGUUGAACUUAAGAGCUUUUUGCAUCUCAUUAUUUUAGGGCCAUUGCAACGUCAUCUGCGUAGCCUACGGUGUAUAGCCCUAGCCUUUCCAUCUACGUCUCUUGGAUUAUAAUCUCUUAAAAAUAUUACCCAAGAUCUUGAAUCUGAAUGAAUUAAUGUAAUUGGUCAUAAUACUUGAAGAUUUAUAUAAGAGUAAUGUAAAGUUUAAAGCACAUAAUAAUUUGUUUAUAAAAGAAUUGGUUAUACAAAUUACUGACCGUGGUAAAACAAUAUUUACUUGGAGAUGUAGAUAAAUGUAUGUAUAAAUCGAAAAUCUAGUUUGAAAAAUAUUUAUUUUCUAACUUGUAUAAAUGUAAACGCAAUCACAUCUCUGUUCAUAAAUUACAGACCAGUUUAUUCUUUAUUUAAUAUUUAUUCAAUAGCUAUAGCAACAGAUUACAUUUUGAAAAUUGGAAUAUUCUAGAGUGAAAUCACUCCCUAACAAUAUCCUUCUACAGCAAAAGAAAACAAUACUUUGGAAUCAAAAACCAAAACGAUCUCGUGCUAAUAUUGACUCACAAAUUCUAAUUGAUUGCAACGCAUUGUCUUGGAGAACACUCAUUGGAACUGAUGCUGAAGGAGCAAAUAUUUCUUAAUGGGUUCUCGUAACUUACUGAAACGAAAUUGUUCAAAGUUACAAUUUAAGAUGCAAUGUGGCCACUAUGAUAUGUGACAUAUCUUGAAAUGUUCUUGUGACUACAUUGAUCUAGAAACAACAUUCUGGUACAUAUCAAAACCAUCCUUGCACACAUAGUUGAAUGUAUCUUCCAAGAUUACAUUUAUGGGAAAAUAGUGGACCUUAAACUUCGAGAAAUAUAUAUUUUGCAAAAUAUUUAUAUUAGUAAGAUAUUUAUUUUUUUACUUUGAAUCAGACAUCUAUCAAUAACAAGUUAUACUUAAACUGAUUUUGAUAAUUUCUCUACUUUCUACUUUGUCUAUCUUAAUAUAGGUGUAAUGCAAUGAACUGGUCAAUCUAAUUGUACAUGUUUAGAAAGAAAUCGUAGUUUUUCUAGAAAAGCUGCGUAUCAUUUUUGAAGUAAUUACUCUAACACAUCGAAUUUGUUAAAAAUCAACUACACGUGCUGGUGUAAAAAAUACACCAUUUACAGUAAACAGAAAGUAAAUGACCAUGGUAUGCUUCCCCCCAUGUUGCGGGCGCAUCUAACCUAUCAUUGAAGUGUCCUUAACACGUUCCAAGUAUGGCGUAAAAGUGUUUGUAUUGUGCGACUCUAAAACUUUUCAUGAAAAAAAUUUGGAAGUUUAUUGUGGUCAACAAUCAGAAGGUCCAUAUAGUAAAUCAAAGACACCAGAUAAUAUAAUGCAUCAUUUACUGCAACCAUGGAAAGGAAAGAAUAGAAAUUUGACAUACGACAAUUGCUAUAUACGCUACCUUGUAGCCGUGAAUUUUUUAAAAUAUAAAACAACUGUUGUUAGAACAAUGACAAAAAAUAAAAAAGAACUGCCAUCAGUUUUUAUCCAGUAAAACGAAAUCAUAUUUCUUUGGGUUCCAAAAAGACGUCACUAUUGUGUCAUAAGUGCAAAAAAAAUAGACCAGUUAUACUACUUUCUAUUAUGCAUGAUGAUUCUGCAAUUAAUACUGAAGAGAAGCCGGAGAUUGUUAUGGACUACAAUUCCAAUAAAGUAGGAGUGGAUACAGUGGAUAAAAUGUGUAGUACGUAUUCUGUGUCCAGGAAAAGAAGAUGGCUACAACCGAUAUUUUUCCAACUAUUAAACAUAGCUGGAAUAAACAUAAAGAGCCAAAUUUUAUAUAACAUGACGCACAUUCAUGAGGCCCAAAAAUUUAGAAGACUUUUCCUAAUAAUCUAAGAUCUCGCUGCAAAAUUAUGACAUGAAGAAUGUACUCAAUCAAAAUCUCAUUUGGAAGUAUUUUUACAAGUGGAAGAAUGUAUUUUUCAUAAGGUGCCAAUUAAAAAUUACCCGCUAGUACUAUUAAUUAAAAUCUAAUUCAUUGACUAUUAGUUAUACAGUGUGUAAGUGACAGAAAGUAAGUCCGCGACGCUACUGGUUAGGCAAGGACGCUAAAUGCCUGCUGUACUUAUUAUUAAAACUUUACAAUCAUCCGAUAUUGUGUCAAUAAUUUGUCAUUUGUGUCUGUAGUGAAAAUAUAAAAAUCUUAGAGCUUAAACACAUUAUUUUUUUUUAUUUAUGAAAUCAUACCUGUUUACACCUGGGUGCGUAGAGGUUGCGGCUAAGCAGUCAGCAGCAACUGUGACUUUUCAAAUCUUUCAAAUAAACUGUUGUAAAGUGCUAUAGGUUUAAUUUCCAAAAGAUUUUAAAGGAAUGUAUCACUAAAAGUCAAUUAAUUAAAUUUAAACUAAUAAUACUCGCGGGUAAUAGAUCGUUGUGCAAAGGAUUAUGCAAAUACAGUAAUGCAACAAUAACGGAGACAUCACAGAUUAAAUUUAGUGUGUAGUUGUAAUAAAGUAUUCUUCGUAAGGUAUAAUUUCUGUAAAAAUGUAUAUUUUCUAUAUUUUUUUUAUUUAUUCAAAGAUUUUUCAUCAGUUUUUAUAAAAAGUUUUGAUGAGUAAAAUUAUAGCAUACAUAUUUGUUCUUAUUUAACUCUUUUUCAUUUAUUGUUUUGGUGGUGUACAAAAUACACCACGCGUGUACUUGUGUUGAAAUAUUGAGCGCGUGUUGUUAAAGAUUAAUAAUCUCUGAAAAGAUAUGAUUUUAGACUCUAUUUGAGAAUUGUGAAUAAAGUUAUUCCAAAUCAAAGUCACAAUAUUUUAAAGCUCUUUUUUUCCAAACUUAGAAACUUUUUAAAUUCAUCUUUCAGAUAUCGUUAAUUGAAAUUUCUUUGUAUUCUUCAAAUAGUCCUAAUUUUUUCAAUAAGUAGAUAUUGCCUUAAUAGACGGGCGUUUUGAUAUUGCUUUUGGUAACUAAAUCCUUUACUGAUCUUGCUAAUGCCUGGAACUUUGAUUGAUUCAUUUGUGGGUUCUAAUGUGAUACGCAGUAAAGUCAAAUUCCCCUAAAUUAUAUACUUAUUAGGUGACGCCUAAAAUUUCUAAGAGAAAACGUUGCUUCAAUGCAAAUGAAUGUAAAAUGUACAAGGUACACCUCGGAAUUUGAUUAGGUUGAUUUGAAAAAAGCAAAAGUCACAACAAUGUGCCUUCAAGUUUUUCAUAAUACUGUCUUAAAUUAUUAAUACCAACUCCACGCCGUAGUUCUGGGAAAAAAUCAUUUACGAAAUUACACUUCAUUUUCCUAGAACAAAACAAUCUUUGAAUAAAUGUUAGGUUAUUAACAAAAAUUUGUUUCUAAAAUUUGGACUAUUAUAACAAUGUUGCAUAGUUAACAGAAACUUAUUCUACUCCACGAUGACUUCAGUUUUAUCAUACAUAUUUUUCAGAAAUGUUAAUCUGUUUAACGUUUGUUUGUAUUAAAGUUUAUUGACGACGUUAAUGUUAUAUUUAUCACAGUGUGUUCUGACUCCCUAUUCUGAUUAUUCAAUCUAGAGAUGAUUGGAUAGAAAUAUAUAAUGUUUGGAAGUUUUUAUCUUUUUUAUAUCCAAAACCAAAUAGAUUGUGUAAAUUUAUUGAAUUUGAAAACUUUUACACAAUAGGAGAUUACUGUUUAUAAAAGUGUACCUAAUAUUUAACCUCUUCAUAUGAUUGACGUUUAUCAAUAUCAAUUACUAAUUUAAAGUCAAUGUGUCAACAAAAUCUAGAAGUGAACUUAACUAGAAGAAAAAGAAAUUUGUGAAAUAAAUAAUUACAUUUUAAAAAUCAAUUUAAAAAGAAUUUGGAAAUAAAAAUGUAUCAUCAGGAAUCCAGGAACAAAUUAUUGUAAAACUGAAAUAAAGUAGGAAAUUAAUAUCAAUAUUAACAAAUAACAACAUUAGAAAAAAAACAAACAAA